UCUACCGUCACAUAUCAUCUCGAAUCAGCACUCAAACACCAUGCCAUUCUUCCGAGCACAACUUCAAAAACGACCAUUGAUUCAACCUCUCCUGCAAACUGCGAAGUGGGAUGUCCUGACCGGAGGCUAAUCCCGCAACAGUGCAUCGUGUUUGCGACGUCACCUAUACACUAGACGGUUGAGAGUUGAGAAUAGUAUCCAGGAACGCACUCUCAUGAGGCUCCGCAACUGAUUUGGGUUGAUGCGACGGAAUCCAAGCAAAGGAAUCCUUUCCUCAAUGCCAGGGUUCUUCCUACCCUUAUGGCGACGGAACCUCCACGUCCCUGAUCCGGUUGAUCUUACACUCGUUCAACCAAUGAAGCAAAUGCGAAACGACGAGCCACAAGAGUCAAGCACCGCAGGAGCCAUUGAGGUUGGAUUUGGGGAUAUCUCCUAUACCAAAAAUAGCAAUACCUCCGAGACAUGGAGCAAAUCGUCGAUCAAAUUGGACACGGCCAGCUUUCGUAUGGGGAGCGGGCUAAGCAUCCACAGUCCACAGUCCACGCCCAGCCGUCCACCUGAUCGUCGAGCGAUUCUGAAAAUUCAAGUCAACAUUUGCCAUCAUAUUUGCGCCCCACAGAGUCAUAAGUUUCACUGCAGCAAGUGUGCAUCUGUGGGAGUCAGCAUAUUGAGUGUUGGUCUGAUGACCGAACUUCCGACGCCGCAUCGACAUCAUCCACAAUCGGCAAUGAUUCAGCAAAUGCCAGGAUAUCGUACUCUGUACGGAGUACAAGGUACAUUUUCUACCCUGGCGGCAUGACCCUGAUAAUUGGUUUAUAUUCUGUAGUCCAUCGAAUUUGAUAUAUGGGGCGAGUACGAUUGAAAUAAUGUUAAGCAGUUAAGUUAGGCCCAAUGGCCCACCGUUUAAGAAUAGACUGAAGGGCGUCAAGGGACAAGUCCAAGGCACGCACAGG